AUGAACAUAUCAAAUGGUCGACACCCUUGCAGCAACAAAAGUCAUCUGAGGUAUUUAAAGCUCGUUCCGGAGGGUUUUAAUGGCAUAAUAGGUGCAAUUGACGGAUGCCAUAUACAAAUUAAAAAACCUGCGGGCAACGACUACGACUACUAUAACAGGAAACAGGUACAUUCUGUAAUACUGCAGGGAAUUUGCAAUGAAAAUUGCAAAUUCAUAAAUAUUUCAACCGGCUACCCAGCUACUACCCGGGUGUUCGGGCUUAGACCGAUUGGACAAGAGCUACAGGACAAUGAUCAGAGAAUGAUAGCUCCUGAACACCACCUAAUAGGUGAUGCAGCCUACAGACUCACCACUUAUCUUCUCACACCUUACCGCGAUACUGGUCACUUGACCGAAAGUCAAUCAAACUACAAUAAAAAAUUGUCCUCGGUCAGAUCAGUGAUUGAAAGAAGUUUUGGAAGAUUAAAAGGUAAGUUUC